CCCGCUCCCACAUUUCUCUCUCUCUCCCCCACUCCCUGAUCUUUCUAGGGUUUUAUUUCUCCAUCUCCAUCUAGGGUUUCCCCUUCCUCACCUUCCCCAAGCUCCUCCCAUGGCGGCGGCGACGGCGGCGGCGGCGGCGGCGAGCGCGAGCUCGUCGGCGAGGAAGGGGGAGACGUACACGGACACGAAGCGGCGCGACGACGUGCGCAUGGCGAACAUCCUGGCGGCGCGCGCGGUGGCGGACGCGGUGCGCACGUCGCUGGGCCCGCGCGGGAUGGACAAGAUGAUCGCCUCGGCGUCGUCCGGCGACGUCGUCAUCACCAACGACGGCGCCACCAUCCUGCAGCGCAUGUCCCUCCUCCAGCCGGCGGCCCGCAUGCUCGUCGACCUCUCCCGCUCCCAGGACUCCGCCGCCGGCGACGGCACCACCUCCGUCGUCGUCCUCGCCGGCUCCCUCCUCCGCCGCUCGCUCUCCCUCCUCUCCUCCGGCCUCCACCCCACCUCCCUCUCCGACGCGCUCCACCGCCUCUCCCUCCGCGCCGUCGACGCCCUCCACGCCAUGUCCAUCCCCCUCGACCUCUCCGACCGCGGCUCCCUCGUCAAAUCCGCCGCCACCGCGCUCAGCUCCAAGGUCGUGUCCCAGUACUCCUCCCUCCUCGCCCCGAUCGCCGUCGACGCCGUCCUCGCCGCGCUCGACCCCGCCCACCCCGACCUCGUCGACCUCCGCGACGUCCGCGUCGUCAAGAAGCUCGGCGGCACCGUCGACGACACCGAGCUCGUCCGCGGCCUCGUCUUCGACAAGAAGGCCUCCCACGCCGCCGGCGGCCCCACCCGCGUCGAGAACGCGAAGAUCGCCGUCGUCCAGUUCCAGAUCUCCCCGCCCAAGACCGACAUCGAGCAGAGCGUCGUCGUCUCCGACUACGCCCAGAUGGACCGCAUCCUCCGCGAGGAGCGGAACUACAUACUCGGCAUGGUGAAGAAGAUCAAGGCCACGGGGUGCAACGUGCUGCUGAUCCAGAAGAGCAUCCUCCGCGACGCCGUCACCGACCUCUCGCUGCACUACCUGGCCAAGGCCAAGAUCCUGGUGGUGAAGGACGUCGAGAGGGACGACAUCGAGUUCAUCACCAAGACCCUGAACUGCCUCCCCAUCGCCAACAUCGAGCACUUCCGCGAGGACAAGCUGGGGCACGCCGACCUUGUGGAGGAGGUCCCGGUCGGGGACGGGAGGAUCGUCAAGAUCACGGGGAUCAAGGACAUGGGGCGGACCGCCACAGUGCUCGUGCGCGGCUCGAACCUGCUCGUCAUCGACGAGGCCGAGCGCAGCCUCCAUGACGCCCUCUGUGUCGUCAGAUGCUUGGUGAAGAAGAGGUUCCUGAUAGCGGGAGGCGGCGCGCCGGAGAUUGAGAUGUCGAUGCAACUUGCAGCGUGGGCGAAGGAGCUCCAAGGGGCGGAGAGCUACUGCAUCAAGGAGUUUGCGGAGGCCCUCGAGGUCAUCCCCUACACCCUGGCUGAGAACGCGGGCCUAAACCCGAUCGCCAUCGUGACGGAGCUGCGGAACCAGCACGCGAAGGGCGAGAUCAACGCGGGGAUCAACGUGCGCAAGGGGCAGAUCACCAACAUGCUGGAGGAGAACGUCGUGCAGCCGCUUCUGGUCAGCACAAGCGCGAUCACGCUCGCGACCGAGUUCGUCAGGAUGAUCUUGAAGAUCGAUGAUAUUGUCACGGUGAGAUAGAAAACAGCAGGGAUGAUUAUGCCUUGGACGUGAACACAAGCAUUUAUGAAUGUCUGGUAUCUCGGAUGACUUUUUCAUUUUAAACUCCUCGGAUUAUUUAUGCCCAGGCCGAAAUGAAUCUGGAAAUUCCGAGGCGCAUGGGUUUUUUGUGCUUUUUUUGGUGAUCAAGUUAGCUCCAUAGAUAGCUCGUAUGUUGGGCUUUUCUUUGCCCUUAUUUAUGGAGUAAAGAGUCUCUUAGCUUGUACUGUUGCUUUCGAGAUGUUUAUAUCUGGGAUCAACAAAAUUUCAGUGGCGCUGUAGUGAUUGGUGAUCAUUUUGUUUAGUCGUUGUUACUCUGGGUACUAAGAACACAAAGUUUUGUUGUUUUAUCUUUUUUUAAAAAAAGAUCUUAGCUUCGUGGCUGUGCA